GCUUGAUUUCGAAUUCUAAAUACAAUACAUUCGUUUGUGCAUAUCUUCAAUUCUUUAUUCAUAUACUUCUAAGCAUCACAGUGGCGUUGCGAGCAGGAUCUUGUAAUGGAACAGCUAGAUAUUCAUUCUACUUCUGAAGCUUUUGAAGAUUAUUUGGAAAGGUUUGAAAUCUGGAGUAUGAUCAGGAAAGAUAUCAAAGAUGAUAAAAUUGUGGCUCAUUUCCUAACAUUCAUCGGAAAAGAAGCGUACAGCUUAUUAAAAACUUUGGCAUAUCCAGAAAAACCUAUUUCACUUCCCUAUGCAAUGCUAAAGGAGUUAUUAUUGAAUCAUGUAAAGUGCCCUGGUUUUGAAUGCCGUGAAAGAGCGAAAUUUCAUAAGAUGAUUCGUCAAAAUGACCAAAAUGUUAAGGAAUUCAUUCUUUAAUUGCAGAAACAGGCUGUCAAAUGUAAUUUCGGUGAUCAACUUCAUGUGCAGCUGAGAGACCGAUUAAUUGCAGGAAUUAACAUACCUAGUUUGGAAAGAGAGCUGUUAAGAAUGUCAAACUGUUCCUUUCAAGAUGUUAGAACUGCGUGCAUUAACUACGAGGCGUUGAAUGAACUUGAUAUUCAGUCGAUGAAGAUUUCCAAUACUUUGAUUAGUUGUCAUGAUGAAAAACAAUCUCAGGGUCAAUCAAAAUUGUGUUCGUUUAACAGAGGUUCCUAUUCUCGUGUAAAAAUGAACGGUGUCUCAAAAAAGAAUUACAAAGGAAAUCAAAAAGGUAAUGCUCAUAUUCAAAAGCGACUAUAUACAUCACUUGGUUCAUUUCAUGACUUUAUUGUGGACACAGGCAGUAUAGAGUCCAUUAUUUCAUUCAAGAACCUGAAAUCGUUAGAUCCGAACGUUGUGAUACGACCCACUGAUGUAUCAAUAUUGGGGAUUACUGGACACAAACUGCCUAUACGAGGAUGUUGUGAAUUGCUAAUAAGAGAUGAUAAUUCCUCAUACAUACCUUGUGAAUUUUUAGUUAGUGAAACAGGACUGUCAAUACUGGGUUUAAAGAAUUUGAGAAGACUUAAAGUGGAGUUGUCUUUCCUAGUUUCUAAAGAAAAUUCUGAUGCUUUACUUAAAGAUUUGAUAGCCACGUGUGCUAAGUGCAAUGGAAGUAUGAAAAUGGUUCAGCACGGGAGUGCCAAGCAAAUUCAACAUGUUGACUACAGUUCUCGACAGUCAUUAAAUGCAGAUAUUUGUCGUACAGCAAAGAAUUGCGAAAAGUGUCAUAAGCUGAAAAAUCAGCAUUCGAGGUUGAGUGAUUCUAUUGCCGCCUCAACAUUUAAUGAGCUGGAGAGGGGAGUAGAUACCUUUCUACUGCAAUAUAGAAAUGCCAGACAUUCGGUGACGAAAGAGACUCCGUCAAAACUAGUAAAAGGAAGAAUUCUUCGGUCGAAUAUGAGAUGUUUGGAGUCUGCAGAAGUUACAUAUUAUCGUGGCAAUGAACUUCGACCAUCCACGGGGAUUGUUCUGAAGAAUGUUGGGAAAUCUAUGGUGCGACUUCAAGAUAUCAAUGACUUAAGUACACACAAUCGACAUGUUGAUCAAAUACAAUUCCAGGAACCAGGUGAGUCUGUUCCGAUUCCGGUUGUUAAUUCUAAUACUAAUGAGAGCAUUCUAGAUAAUACAGAGCCUUUACCAAAUACACUGUCGGACAGACACAGGAUGAAUUUGAGAAGAAGACGUACAAUUGAUUACAGACAUAUACAUUCCAAUUUAAGCUGCGGCGGAUGUGGUGUUUGAAUGAACUAGUAACUUCUUGUUGUUGUGAAAUGCUUGAUUUCGAAUUCUAAAUACAAUACAUUCGUUUGUG